AUGCAUUUGUCAACCAUUUGCAGUGCACUCUUUAUUGGUGCAGCUGCUGCUGUGCCAUCUUCGUCGCUCAAGCUCCCAGUCCGCCCCCUGAGACUCAGAGAUGACAACCGGACCGAGAAUGCCGGCCCUACCCUCGACUACCAGGACAUGAACCCCUUCAACGUCACCUCUGGAGUUGUCAACAAUGGAACCAAGCUUUCUCACAAGAUCUGCUGGUCUCAGGGUGUCCUGACUGAUGACAUGUUUGUCAACUGGACUCACUUCAAGGCCAACGGUGCCAACUUGGGAGGCUGGCUCGAAAAGGAAAAGACUCACGAUCCCAUCUGGUGGGCAUCUUUCGGUGGUGCCGCCUCCGAGGCGUCGGAUGAGUGGACUCUGUGCGGUGAACUCGGCGAUGAGUGUGGUCCGGCCCUCGAGGCACGAUAUGCCGACUUCCUCAACACCUCGACCAUUGAUCAGCUUGCCAGUGUCGGUGUCAACACCCUGCGUAUCCCUACUACCUACCAGGCCUGGGUCAACGUCCCUGGAUCUCAGCUCUACCACGGCAACCAGAUCUCCUACCUCCGCGAGAUUACCCAGUACGCCAUUGAGACGUACAGCAUGCACAUCAUCAUCGGUCUUCACUCCCUGCCCGGUGGUGUCAACAACCUGGACAUUGGCGAGGGUCUGAUGCGUGACGGCUGGUUCUACAACGAGACCAACCUGGACUACAGCCUGCAGGCGAUUGACAAGAUUCUCGAGUUUGCCCAACAGAGCGGCGCCCUCAACGCCUUUACCAUUGCCCCCAUCAACGAGGCCAGCGACGACCUCUCAUCCUUUGGUACCGCUGCCGGUCUCUCGGACAAUGCCACCAGCUGGAUCCUCAAGUACAUGGAUGGUGUCUUUGAGCGUGUCGAGGCCGUCGACAAGCGCAUUCCCGUCAUGCUUCAGGACUGCUUCAAGGGUGCCUCCUUCUGGGCCCCGCUCUUCGAUACCUCCAAGAACCUCGUCUUUGACUCUCACGUCUACUACUUUGCCGCUGCUGGAACUUAUUCCGCAUGGGUCAACCCCGCAGUGUGCGGACAGGCCGAGUACAUUGCCGAGGAGACAACCUUCCCCGUCUUCAUUGGCGAGUGGGCGCUGCAGGUCAUGUACAACAACACCCUCGAUGGCCGCAAGUCCAUCUUUGAUACCCAGCGCUACGCCUGGCAAAAGUAUGUCUCUGGAGGUUCUUUCUGGACCGCCGUCUCGUACGCAACCACAGAGGUCGACGGUGAGGGCACUCAGAGGGAUUACUGGAGCUACAUUGAUCUCAUCAACGCCGGUGUGAUUACCAGUGCUACCAACAGCAGCUACUGCUAA